AUGUAAAAGUACGAAGUUCUUGGCAUCAUAGGUAAGGGUUCUUAUGGUGUGGUACUCAAAGGGUAAAACAAGGAGACAGGAGAAGUAGAGAAAAUUAAUAAUUUAGAUCGUAGCCAUCAAAUAAUAUAUUGGAUCUGAAGAAGAUGAAAGCAUUAAAAAAACAAUCCUGAGGGAAGUUAAACUUUUGAAGAUGUUAAAUCACGACAAUAUCGUUAAAAUCAAAGAGGCAUUUAGAAGGUAUCGUAUAUUCCAUCAUAUCUAGAAAAGGCAAACUUUAUGUGGUAUUAGAGUAUGUAGAAAAAAACUUAUUAGAAUUACUUGAAGAAAAACCAAAUGGCUUAGAUGUAAUAUUCAAUUUCCAUUUUAGCCUGAAUUGGCAAGAAGAUUUAUUUAUCAAUUAUGUUUAGCUAUUGCUUAUUGUCAUUCUCUUGAAAUAUUACAUCGAGACAUCAAACCUGAAAACCUUUUGGUUAGCGACUAGAUGGUGUUGAAAGUUUGUGAUUUUGGUUUUGCAAGACUCAUUCCAUAAAAAUAGGGAUAGUUGACUGAUUAUGUUGCUACUAGAUGGUAUAGGGCACCAGAAUUGUUAUUGGGAGAUGAAUAUGGAAAGGGAGUGGAUAUUUGGGCUAUUGGAUGCAUAAUGGCUGAAUUAACUGAUGGGUAACCCUUAUUUCAAGGCUAAACUGAAAUGGAUCAAUUAUAUUUGAUUUGUAAAGUUUAAAUUAGUGUGAUAUUUCUUAGUUGCUGGGUCCUUUGACUAGCGAGUAAAAGGAAGCUUUUCUUAAGAAUCCUCGCUAUGUGGGUAUGAAAUUUCAUGAAAUCACCAAACCAGACACUAUCGAAAAGAAGUUUUAAUCGAAACUCUCUUUAAAAGCCAUCUCUUUUAUUAAAGGAUUAUUGAAAAUGGAUCCUAGUAAGAGGAUGACAGCAUUCGAAGCUUUAGAACAUCCCUACUUUGAUGGCAUGAGAGAUGAUUAAUAUUAUUAGUUUUUAAAAGAAUUAAGAGACAAGGAACAAAUUCCCAAAGAUAGAAUUCAAUCUGCGAAUAAGUUAGCUGCCAAACAGAAUUUACAAAUCAAUCAAUAGUAAUAAUUAUAGUUGCAAUAACAACAAUAGUAAUAAGUAUUAUCACAACAAAAAGACAAUUUAGCAAGCAAUAAAAGAGCAGAUAAAUCAAAUGAAAGGUAUAUAUAUUAUAUUAUUUAAAUAGAAAAACGUAAUAAAAAGGAAAUAAUAACAUUUCUGUUGAGAGAGUCAAUAACUUUGUUAAGCCUGCACCCAUUAAGACAGGAGAAAAAAAUACAGUAGAUUAUCAUACUAUAAAUUAGCCUUCUUAGGAAUCUAAAUCAAUGCCGAAGAAAGAUGUAAAUUCACAACUAGGAUUCUUGUAGAAGAAUGUGAUCAUUGGAUAUUAAGAAGGUUAAUUCGAUAACUUUCUAUAAAAUAAGAUGGCCUAAAAUUAUAAUUACGAAAUACCUGAAAAUGAUCUAAACAAUUCAAUUGAAGGGGAUAAAAAAUCUAUGAAUCUCAGAGUCAGAGCAAAGAAAAAAUCAUUCAAUCCUGACCUUAAUGAAGAUGAUUAAAACACAGUCAUAAAAUUAAAACGUAAAGAAUAAUAACAAUAAUAAUAACAAUAACAAUAAAUGUUUUAACAACAAAUCCCAGUUUAUUAAGUUAAGAAGAAAUCUACUUAGCUGAGAUAAAACUUUUAUCCUACUGAUGAAUAUUCAGGAGAUGAAUAGGAAGUUUACUAAUCAAAAGAAAUUCUCAACAUGCAAAAAGGAUAAAAACAACAAUUGUAAUAGCAAUACAACUAUAAUAUUGGAGAAUGUAGAAAUACUUUGGAAGAUUAGGAUAGGAACUUAAACAUUGUGUAUAACAACAUAACUUAUAAUUAUAAUAUCAACAAUUCUCCUGGAUGGAUUAACAAAAAAAGAAAUUGA